AUGAACUCUCUCAGAUACCUCCGCCCCGUCGCUUCGCGGCUGCAGGCCCCGACGCUGCCUAGACUUGCGCGGGGGUUCGCCAGCAAGUCCUAUGAAUACAUCCAGGUCUCCCAGCCCAAGCCUGGUGUUGGUCAAGUGACGUUGAACCGCCCCAAGGCUCUGAACGCCCUCUGCACUCCUCUUAUUCACGAGCUCAACGAUGCGCUGAGGGCAUUCAACGAGUCGGAUGACACGUCCGUCAUCAUCCUCACCGGCUCCCAGAAGGCCUUCGCCGCAGGUGCCGAUAUCAAGGAGAUGGCCCCUCUCACCUUUUCCGAGGCUUACACCAAGUCCUUCAUCGAGUCUUGGUCCCUCCUCACCACUCAGAUCAAGAAGCCCAUCAUCGCCGCUGUCUCCGGCCACGCCCUCGGUGGAGGCUGCGAGCUGUCGAUGAUGUGCGACGUCCUCUAUUGCACCGAGACGGCCAACUUUGGCCAGCCCGAGAUCAAGCUCGGUACCAUCCCCGGCGCCGGAGGCAGCCAGCGCUUGACCCGGGCCAUUGGGAAGUCCAAGGCCAUGGAGCUGAUCCUGACGGGCAAGUCAUUCUCCGGAGCCGACGCCGAGAAGUGGGGCCUUGCGGCCAAGGCGUACCCCUCUUAUGAAAUUCUCAUGGAGGAGACGCUGAAGACGGCCGAGACAAUUGCUGGCUACUCGAGGGUGGCCAUCAACGCUUGCAAGGAGGUUGUGAACAAGAGCCAGGACCUGGCCCUGCGGGAUGGUGUCGAGUUUGAGCGAAGAGUCUUCCACAGCCUGUUUGGCAGCAACGACCAAAAGGUGGGCAUGAGGGCAUUUGCGGACAAGAAGAAGGCAGAGUGGACUCACUCGUAA